AUGGGUAUAAUAAGAUAUCAUCGUCACAAAAUAAUUGAUACAGCUAUUAUAGCUAUAACAAUAAGUUUAAUUUUUACAUUUCUUGGAUAUUUUGGUUUCAGAUGUAUUUAUUGUUUGUAUCUUGCAAGAAAAUCAAAUGCACACUUUUUAUAUUAUCUUCGAAUUUUUGUUUAUAUAUGUUCAAUAACAACAACUUUCUAUAGUAUAUCUUACCUUUUAUUUAUAUUUGAAAAAGGUUUUAAAGUUACAGAACAAGGUAUUAUUGGUUCAUUUUAUGCUAAUAUAAAUGUAUAUUUUUCAAGACAAAUAUUAGCUCCUACAUUUAUAUAUCCUUUGGUUACAUUGGGUCCAUUUAUUGUUAGCAUACCACCAGUAUUAAAAGUUUAUAGAAGAAUCAAAUUAAAUGAUGAUAAAUUUUUAUCUUCUGUAUAUAAUGUCAUGUAA